GUCAUCUGCAUCACGAUAUCGAUACAACAAAAACUUCCCAAAGAAAAGUUUGUUUCGGAGGGAGUGAAACCGAAAAAAAAAAACGAGGUGGCUUCGGACGCCAGGUCUACAGCAGCCUGACCCCUCAUGUCAGGCUCUGACUGGAAACACCCCUCCUGAUUGCGCGCAAGGGAAAGCGCUCUGCCAUGAAGCGUCGUGGCUUCGCACAGGGGUGCCAAGUCUUUCUCUUCUUUCCGGUGGUGUACUAUUGGUACUUCGUGAGAACUAAGGCCAUCCGACACCUUCACGGCCCACCGCGGUCCUCGAUAUUACUAGGCCACGAAUUCGAACUACGUGCCCAACCCACCGCCGGCGGCCUAGAGACGAUUUGGCAGAAAACGUACGGUAACACGUUUCGUAUUGGGGGAUGCUUCGCGCAAGACAUCCUGAUGACCUCCGACCCCAAAGCUAUCCAGCACAUCCUCCGUGAUUCUGGGUACCGCUACCCCAAAACGAAGGACAUCGUGCAUGUAUGGGAGAUGGCAGUGGGAAGAAGCGUCGUAGCUGCCGCAGGCUCUGCGCAUCAGCGCCAACGGAGGGUCCUCGGUCCGGCAUUUUCAUCUAUUCAGUUAAAAAAGUACGCCAGUGUGUUUAAGGCUACUGGCGUCAGGCUCUGUGCGAAGAUCCGUGAACUUGUCAGCGAAGCUCCGAGGGAGAUCAACAUGUUGAAAUGGGCCGGCCGUGCUGCUUUGGAUAAUAUAGGCCUAGCCUCCUUGGGGUACAACUUUGCCGCCCUCGAUGGAAGAUCGUCCGAAAUGGCAGACUUGAUUCGACGUUCAUUUACUGCCCUCUCCAAUGUAUCGUCGACUCCCCUUGUAGUCUUGGCUCCGGCUCUCUGGAGAUUCCUACCAAAAUCGGUGCUAUCCAUCCUUGACAGGGUACCCACGCCGGAGAGUAAGAUCUUCCGGCAUUUCAACACCGUAGCAAGAAAGACCGCGCGCGAGACGAUUAAGAAUGCUCCCCGCAAUGGUUCGAGGGAUCUUGUGACUCUCCUAGCCAUAGCAUCCGACAAAGAUUCAUUGGACGAGGAUGAGAUCCUCUCGCAGCUGGCGACAUUCACUCUCGCCGCUGAGGAUACUGUAGCGUCUGCGAUGUCUUGGAUGCUCUACGAACUCAGCCGGCGUCCGGGGUAUCAAUCCCAAGUUAGAGAAGAAAUCACCCGCAUAACGGAUUAUGAGACCAUGCCUCUGCUCAACGCUGCCAUAAAUGAAACUCUGCGGCUGCAUCCUCUCAUGUUCAGCUUUUUGCGGUACUCAGCUGAAAACGACGUCAUCCCUUUGAGUGAGCCCAUCAUAACACAAGCGGGCCAGAGGUGGAAUGAGGUUCCAGUGGAGAAGGGACAGAUGGUGAUGCUUUCAGCGUAUACGUACAAUCGGCUUUCGAGUGUAUGGGGCAAAGAUCCUGACGUCUGGAAUCCUGAACGCUUCCUCCAGGAAAGCAGCAGAGUUUCGGUCGGUCUACAUGCGAAUCUCUUGAACUUCAGUGACGGCGUCCAUGGAUGUAUAGGAUGGAAGUAUGGAUUAAUCCAACUACAAGUUAUCAUAGUGGAACUACUCAAAUCGUUCGAAUUCCUCGAUUCUGGAGCGGAAAUUCUCAAUGGGAGUGCAUUCGUGGGUUUGAUACCCAUCGUCAAAGGAAGGGAACAAGAAGGGAUGCAGGUACCAGUAGUUGUAAAGGCGUUAACCUCCUAGUGCUGGCACUUUCUCGGGAGCACCGUUUACAUGAUAAUUCGCGACUGUGGAGGAGGCCGAGCUAGUCGGCCGAAGUUUGCUUAUUUCUUUACAUAAUUUG